AUGGAAAGGGAGAUCUGUAAAUUGCAGAAGACAUUGGAAGAUGGAAAUUGCCAGCCUGAAGCUUCAGCAUCUGCUGCUACAAAGGUAGAUACAAAGGCUAAGGAGAAUAAUAAUAAUAAUGUUCCUGUUGUUGACGUUGAUGGUGAUGACGUUGUUGAUGGGUCUGAUUCUGCUACUGUUUGUGGAGUCUUACAAGAAGAUGGUACUACUUGCACGACAGCUCCAGUCAUAGGAAGAAAGAGAUGCACAGAGCAUAAAGGACAGAGAAUCUCAUGUCUUCCUCCUGCUAAAACCUACCGUGUGAAGUUCCUACUGCGAGAGAAGAAUGUGGAGAGACCGAGGAGAUAUGUGGAGUGA